GUCAUAGAUAUAGACCAAGAAAUUUAACCCACCAAUUGUGGACGAGAAUCAAGAUAAGUAAAUUUCCAUUAGGAUUCGAAAGGCAAAAAUAACCAAAUGCUGCCCCAGAAAAUUUGUAUCAGAUUUCUGUCAAAAUUUCACUGACCCUGAAGUCAAAAUAGUAGUGGUUUCUUAAAUCGAAAUCGAUCACUUAAAUUCGUUAAAAAGUAGCCUCAACUCGAGAGAUACCUUAUCCAAAGCCACACGAACCAAACCCGCCAAGUUUCACCUCAACUCAAAAACCCAACCUCUCCACUUUACACCAACCACUCGUGUAAAGCCAUGGCCUCUCACUCCACACUCCUCUUCUCUCCUCCAAAUCUCUCGCCCAGAUUCUCCUCUCUCUUUUAUUACUCCUCACAAUCCCCCCCUUUACAAACCAAAAAACUAUCAUCACUUUCCUUAACACACUCGGCAAAACCAAGACGACUCUCAGUUUCUGUCUCUGCUUCUCGUUCUCUUCAAGCUCUCGUUUUCGAUUGCGAUGGAGUCAUUCUAGAAUCCGAACAUUUGCAUCGUCAAGCUUACAAUGAUGCUUUCUCUCACUUCAAUGUUCGUUGCCCUCCUUCUUCACAGCCUCUUAACUGGGACCCUGAAUUUUAUGAUGUACUCCAGAACCGGAUUGGUGGUGGCAAACCCAAAAUGAGAUGGUACUUCAAGGAACAUGGAUGGCCAUCUUCUACCAUAUUUGAGACACCGCCUGAGGGUGAUGAGGAGCGAGCUAAGUUAAUUGAUACUCUUCAGGAUUGGAAGACUGAAAGGUACAAAGAAAUAAUCAAAUCUGGAACUGUGGAACCUAGACCUGGAGUUUUAAGAUUAAUGGAUGAGGCCAAGGCUGCUGGGAAAAAGCUAGCUGUUUGCUCUGCAGCAACUAAAAGUUCGGUUGUACUCUGUCUUGAGAACCUUAUUGGAAUGGAGCGUUUUCAGGGUCUUGAUUGCUUCCUUGCAGGUGACGAUGUGAAGGAAAAGAAGCCGGACCCAUUGAUAUAUGUGACAGCAGCCAAGAGAUUAGGUGUGUCAGAGAAAGAUUGCUUGGUGGUAGAGGAUAGUGUGAUUGGGUUACAGGCAGCAACAAAAGCUGCCAUGUCAUGUGUGAUUACUUAUACUUCUUCAACUGCUGACCAGGAUUUUAAUGAUGCUAUAGCAAUUUACCCUGAUUUGAGUAAUGUGAGAUUGAGUGACUUGGAGUUAUUGCUCCAAAAUGUGGUUGCUGCAAAUUAGAGGUCCCAGAUUCUGAAGCCACCCAAACCACUUCAUCCUGCAUGCUGGAACUAGGGAAAAUGAGUCUACAGUUAGCAGCUUGGAGCCUUGGACCAUAUCAUCUGAUAUCUUGCUAAGAGCCAGAACUAGCAACUGGCACCAAGCAUUGGAAAUCCGUACCUCAUCCACCCUAGCCAUGGCCUACCACUCUACAGUCUACACCACUCUUUCUCUCCCCCAAAUUCUCACCCUUCUUUUACUCUUUCCUACUCAUUCCUUUUUGGAACACAAAACCAUCAAAAAACACAAAACUAAGACCUUUCUCGCUGUACCAUGAUGUGAUUCGGAAAUGCUAUUUAUGGUAGAGAUCCGAGGGAUGAGAGUAAAAUGAAGUUCAAACUAUUAAAAUGACUUUGAGCUUGAGCUUAGAUUUGAUUAGAUUGAAGAUGUUGAUUUUGAUGCAUGGAGUACUAAAUUUUCAUGGACUAGCAUUUGACAUGUGUUACAAGCAAAUAAAUGUAGGUUUGGACUAGGGACCAUAAAUGUAAGCAGGUAUAUUUUGUGACCAAUAGGAUGGCUGCCAGAAACUUCAACGAAGAACAAAAGGAAAUGAAAAUCGGAUAUGCCUAUCCACUUGUUGGUUUCGAAAGGCAGACAACAGCUCCACGUGUUCUUGCAUGUUUGAGUUGAAAUUUUUUGAAGCAACAUCCUCUUAAGUAAUUUUAUGAUUUUCACCUACAAGAGAUUUAGGAACAAAAGCCUUUCCCUUUCAACUCUUUGAUCUUAAAAUUAUUGAUUUUAAGAAUGAAUGACUGACCUUCGAUUUUACUGCCCAACUUUUAAGCGAACGAUUAAU